AGCGCAUGCUCCGUUGGUGUGUUUGGAGGGAAUCCAUUUUUUGUGGCGGAAUGUCAUCGUCGGAAAAAUACAUCUGAUAAAAUCGCUAGUUUUCUACUAUUUAAGUUGUAUUUGACGAUUUUUUUAGAACUGAAAAUACAUUUUUUGAAUAUAAAAAAGUGCACGUUUCAUAAAAAUUGAAUAAAAUUGGGUAAGAAUAUUAAGAUGUUGUAUAUGACGAGAUAGUGGAAUGGAGUGAUGUAAGCUGAUAAUUUGCUCAAGAGAAAUAUAAUGAUUUUUUUUGCUCUCAUGUUUUAAUUGCAAGAGCAAUGGUGGGAAAAUUGAAUAUUUCCAAAUGGACCAAUCUUACGACUCAAUGGUGAAACCUCAAAACGCGUUGAAUUAUUGUGUCGUAUCCCCGUCCACUGUCGAGAUGCAGCACGUUGUUGUGAGGAAAUGGGAAGUGUUUCCAGGCAGGAACAAGUUUUACUGCGAUGGCAGAAUAAUGAUGGCAAGGCAGACUGGAGUCUUUUACUUCACUGUUGGCCUCAUCAUAAUUACUUGCACUUUGUUUUUUAUAUUUGACUGUCCCUUCUUGUUAAAAGAAAUUGGUGUUGUGAUUCCUGUAGUUGGUGCAGUACUCUUUUUAUUUGUUAUGGCUACAUUGCUACGUACUAGUUUUAGUGAUCCAGGGGUCAUUCCUAGAGCAACUCCUGACGAAGCUGCAGACAUCGAAAAACAGAUAGAGGUGCCGAAUGGAUCUAGUUCACCUACUUAUCGGCCCCCGCCCAGAACAAAGGAAAUAGUUAUAAAAGGACAGACUGUUAAGUUAAAGUACUGUUUUACUUGCAAAAUAUUUAGGCCUCCAAGGGCAUCACAUUGUAGUUUGUGUGAUAAUUGCGUAGGUGAGUAUUGCCAUAUAUACAAUUAUUAAUAUUAAAAUUAUAAU